AUGCAUUCUCGCUUACGGUCAAACAAGCAGUGGAAAAACAUACACCAUGGAGGAAUCGAGUCACGUAUCGCGCGAGAUCUCUUUGACGCCGCUCGUAUCAUUGGCUCCCGCCUUUCCUAUGGCAAAAAUGAAGAGGAUUAUUUUGAGUUCAGCGUGACAUUCUCCGAACUCUUGGGGAAAUACGCGACGGAUUUAGUUGAGCCGAGCGACAAAUGGACGCGUCGGGAAAUGUUGCUUAUUUCCACGAUCGUCCGCACGUCUAAAGAGCUUGAGGACCUUAUCACAUCUUCUCCGUCGCACCGGCGCACCAGUGCUAUUCUCCGAAAUGCAGCUAGUAGCGGCAGCCAUGCUGUUCUCAACACCCAUAUCAAGAAUAAGUCUUUACCGUACGCCGAAGAUGGAUGGCUUAUCCUCUUCGAUUUAGCAGGGAGUGAGCGCUGCGAAGACUCCAAAGCUCACGAAAAGCAGCGCAUGAAAGAGUCCCACGAGAACAAUGAAAGCUUCAUGAAUCUCAAAGAGUCUGUCCGCGCCAAAACCUAG